UAUUGGCCUUAGCAGAUAAGAUUCAAAAUGAUGGUUCCACCACGCGCUUCAGUAGAGCGUUACACCAAAACAGACCGCAGCGCUGCAUAAAAUGCACAGCUAAAUCUUUUCUAGUCUGGAAUAGUAAUUAGUAAUCCAAAAACUAAAAAUGAAAAAUCGGAGGAGGAUCUAGGGUUCCAAUCUAGGGUUUUCUUGGACUUAUCCUCACUCUCCCUCCCUCAUUUCUGUUUUCCUUUUUAUUUUUCUCCCUCUUAUCAGUCAAGCUCAAUGAAGGGACAAUCGACUAAAACUUAAUUGUCAAUUAGGGGUUUUUAUGUAUGGAUUGUGCGCCAAAGGAAAUUGGGUGAUUGGAUUGCUAAACAGCGAUUGGAGUUAUAAGAUAUAUAUCUAUCCAUUUAUUUGAGAACCGAAACGAAUCGAAUCGAACAUAUUUGAUUUGUUAACAUGGGAGGAUCGCAGAAAUCAAAAAGUGUUUCAUGGGCUUCCGAAGUUAAUCUAUGUCAGGUAAGGCUGUUUUUGUCGGAAGAAUCUCCUUCACAGGUUGGAAUGGGAACCCAAGAACAUCUCCAGGCAAAGACAUGGCCGUUGCAGGCAGGUGGCAUGGGGUCUGAAGACAACUUGCCCCCGGGCUUUGAGUUAAGCCAACCUGCAAAUCCUUGGGCAGCGAAGCUAUCUCAUAUAUCUCUAGUGAAAUGGAAAUGUCCUCCUAGGAUUGAAGUAGAUAGCUCUUGGCGAGUCGUUGCUGGGGAAGAAAGCAGAGAAAUAGAAACCCAGAAUCAACGAGAAAUGAGAGUGCUAGAAGCAAUAUAUCCACGCCCGUCAGCCAUUCCAUUAAACCCUUCUGCAUUAGUCGGUGCAGAAGACUCAACUAACAAUGACCAAUGCACUCCUGUGGUUCCCAUCACACCAAUUGAAGAUGAAGAUGCUUCAGUGGAUACAUCGUAUGCCUCCAUGGGAUCAAACAUAACUCCCAUGAUUCCCCAGCAACAGCACUCGCCUCAUGGGGCAUUUUUAUCUCAGGUUAAUGCUGCUUUAAAACCUACUGUUGGUUUUUCAGUAACGGGCAUGGAGCCUGAUAUCAUCGCAGCUGCACAAGCUGCCUUGUCAUCAGUCAUGUCGAAUAGUGAUCAGGGGAACCUGAUAGAUCGUGAGCUGCUCAUGAAAAUUCUUAGUGACCGGAAAAUGAUUGAGCAACUUAUUGCAAACCAUGCUGCAUCUGCAAGCGGGCAAAAUGUCGCAUCAUCUAGUGCGCAGAGCAUGCCAUCCUCUUCCACCUUCCAUGGUAUGCCGACUAUUGGAACCAAAAAUGUUGCAUCGUCUAGUUCGCCUGGAAUGCCCUCAACCAGUGCACAGUAUAUCCCCAAUUUGGUGUCAACUCCUAAGAGUUCUUUUGAUUCAGUUAAUAUGGCCGUCCAUAGAAGAGAUCCACUCUCUGGUCGCGUCACAAGACCAGAAAUGGUUGUUCCGUCAUCUAUUUCUGCAGCAUCUGGACCUUUUCAUCCUCCAAGUAGGACAGGAUCCAUCCCCCAUCUACGACCAUCAGUAUCCGAUGUCAUAUCCGCGCCCUCUCCAUCAGCAUCAGCUCCUGUAACAAAGGAUAUCAACUAUUAUAAGAGCCUCAUUCAGCAACAUGGAGGAGAGAGAAGAGAGGCUAUGCCCCAGUUUGCUCAUCAGAGCAACCAAGCGCCGGGGAUAGGUCAAGAACCUCUGAAUAACACGAUGAUGAAACCAAGGGACACGAAGCCAAGGAUAAUGAAGCCUUGCAUCUAUUUCAACAGUUCGAGGGGUUGCAGGAACGGAGCAAACUGCACCUUUCAGCACGAUGUAACAUCGCAGCAGAAAGUCAAUAGUAUUCCAGAUGUUCAAGGUACUAAGAGAAUGAAACUGGACAGGGAAAUUACUGGUGCAUAAUUUUGCUGUCGACGUAUUUCUUUUGUGUAAAUCUUUGUUACUGUGAUGGUUCGUUCCCCCACCUCUCUAUGUUCUUUUCUUCCCUGAGGGCCAAUUCAUAUUUGUUUUUCCAUGCUAUUAUAUUGUCCUCAAUUUUGAAGUUUUGGAUAAGAAGCUGCAUUUCUUUUCUUUCUUAGAUAAGAUUAGUUAGAUGGGGUUACUACUUAUGCUUUUUUUUUGACUUGAUUGAACUCUUGAUGAUUCAAUAUGGAUGUCUUUACAAAUUUAUCAUAUAAACUGAGUCUCCUGCC